AUGAAUAUGGAAUGGAGGGCCAUCCGAUUAUUGUGGAACAGCAGAAUUGCGAAAACGCAUGUGAGUUUUUAUUGAACUUCUGGGAACGACCCAAAUGUUAUCUAACCAAAUACCAUAGAAAAAAACGAUGAAAUCUCUCUCUAAAUUUUUUUUGAAAAGUGGAACAUCGAAGAAGCACCUCACUCCUAUCGAUUUCACAAGUUCCCCUGACCAAAACUCACUUAAAACAUCCAUUUUCUGCAUUAUUGCUAUGAUUGGAUUUUCUUUUUUAAUAAAGCAAAAAAUGGCGACGGGGGAAAAUAAAAACAAUUCUCAUGUCUAAAAAACUCGGUCACGCGACGACAAAAACUCCGGAUUUUUUUAUUCUUGAGCACUUCUUUUAAUGCGAAAGAUUUUAUAAUGGAAUUCAACGAUUCAAAAAUAUCUGUCAACCGUUUUAAAAUCCAUGACCUUUAAAAAAUCCAGAAGUUUGGAACUUUGCCACGUCAUAAUUUGAAAACUGUUAUUUUUUCUUACGAAAAAUUUAUUCCCAUUUUCUCACCUCUAUUUGAAAAAAAAAUCACGUUCAACAUUACAAAUUGAACGUGAAACACGUGGAGGUCAACAAAAUGACGUGGAAUCAUUAUAAUGACGUAGCGCUAUUUAUAAUUUCACAUUGAUGGUCAUUCAGUUCAAUAUUAUUCUAAAUUUUCGUGAUCAAAUUUGUAUUUUUUUCAAGGUAAUCAUGGAUGGCGAAGAUAUAUGUUAUAUCGAUCUGUCACAUCACGCUCCUCCAUUUUUUCUGUUGAAAAAUGGCAACAUUUACAACUGUAUGAGAAAUAUGACUAACCGUAUGUUGGAUAAAUGCAAUGGAAGAAGUCUCAAAUUCAUCGCUUCCGAAAUAACUCGAUCCAUUUUUGAAGAAGUGAGUUUAAUUUUAAUAUUUUCUUCGUGGGCUUUUCUACUAAUGGGGCGUCCAAAAAUCGGAAAAAUGAAAAUUGUGUUAAAUGGUGUGCAAUUUUCAUUUUUCCAUUUUUCGACACCCCAUAAACAAAAAUAGUAAAAAUUGAAAAAACUAGAAAAUUUCACCUAAGGUUAAGUGCGAUUUUCAGAAAUGAAAGAAAUAAUGAUUUUUGAUAUCCAAAUAUGAGUAAAAUUUUCUAAUAAAUAUGAUAUUCACUUUCAAUAAACAUCAGAAAAAAAAAUUCACAAAACCUGGUAAGGUUUACUUACGAACAUGAAAUUAGAACCUGAAACUGCAGGAGAACAUUUUUCCGCAAGCCAACUUCCAUAUCGAAAAUUUUCAAAAUCAAAAUAUCCCUUUUUUGCGUAUCUUUAGACUAAUCAAGGGGGAAGUGCCAGAAUUCCGAACGAACUGAGAAAAAACGAAAUUCCAUCUUUCAAAACAAUUCCAAUAUAAAUCAAAAUAUUCAAUUUUCGAAUAAUCAACGUGAAAUACUGUUCCAGACUUAAAAAUUCUCAAACACACGAAUACCGUGAAAAAAAGAUGGUGACACAUAAUUUUUCAGAAAUUGGUGGCCGAUCUCAUUUUCGUGAUGACGGUGAAUUUCGACCGCUCAUCAUUAUGGGUCACACUUGGAAAUAAACCAAUUAAUGUGAUUGCUGGUAUGUUUCAGUAUUUUUUUAAACAAUAAAUAUUUUAAUUUCAGAUUUCAUUGUAAGUGUCUUGCGCCAUCGAGUUCAGCCAACCUACAACUCAGCUGCUUUAGUUCGUCAAAUUGUGAGACAAGUUUUGGGAUUAAUGAUGUGAGUUACAAAACAUUCUUUUCUCUCGAAUCACAAUAAACCUAUUUACAGAACUUCUGCUCGAAAAGAAAUGCGUGUUUUGGAAGGAGGUGAAAAAAUGAUAAAUGAAUCCAUAGAUUCUCUCAACGAAUUCAUGGCAAAAAAUAUGGAUAUUGGGGAAAGAGUCGAGGAAUUUGAUGGUUAUGUUCCUCAAUAA